GGAUCUCAUGUUGAGUGGUGUAAACAGCUUAUAGCUGCUACAAUUUCUAGUCAGAUUUCAGGUUCAGUGACAUCAGACAAUGUAUCCAGAGAGUGCAAGGCCCUAAGGGAUGGGAAUAAGCUGGCACAGAUGGAAGAAGCUCCACUUUUUCCAGGAGAAUCAAUCAAGGCCAUUGUUAAAGAUGUCAUGUACAUCUGCCCGUUUAUGGGAGCAGUGAGUGGCACCUUGACAGUGACGGACUUUAAAAUGUACUUCAAAAAUGUAGAGAGGGAUCCUCAUUUCGUCCUCGACGUUCCCCUUGGAGUCAUCAGCCGAGUGGAGAAGAUCGGAGCACAGAGCCAUGGAGCCAAUUCUUGUGGUAUAGAGAUUGUGUGCAAGGAUAUGAGGAACUUGCGACUUGCUUAUAAACAAGAUGAACAGAGUAGACUGGGGAUAUUUGAAAACCUCAACAAGCAUGCAUUUCCUCUUUCCAACGGGCAGAUGCUAUUUGCAUUCAAGUAUAAAGAAAAAUUUCCAAUUAACGGCUGGAAAGUUUAUGACCCAGUAUCUGAAUAUAAGAGACAGGGUUUGCCCAAUGAGAGUUGGAGAAUAUCCAAAAUAAACAGUACUUAUGAGUUCUGUGACACCUACCCUGCUGUCAUUGUUGUGCCAACUAGCGUAAAAGAUGAUGAUCUUUCAAAAGUGGCAGCCUUUAGGGCAAAAGGCAGAGUCCCUGUGUUGUCCUGGAUUCAUCCGGAAAGUCAGGCCACGAUUACCCGUUGCAGCCAGCCACUUGUGGGCCCCAAUGAUAAGCGCUGCAAAGAAGAUGAAAAAUAUUUGCAAACAAUAAUGGACGCUAACGCACAGUCACACAAACUGAUCAUCUUUGAUGCCCGGCAAAACAGUGUCGCCGAUACCAACAAGGCAAAAGGUGGAGGGUAUGAAAGUGAAAGCGCUUACCCGAACGCUGAGCUCGUGUUUCUGGAAAUCCACAACAUUCACGUAAUGAGAGAGUCGCUCCGGAAACUGAAGGAGCUCGUCUAUCCAUCCAUCGACGAGGCCCGGUGGCUAUCUGGCGUGGAUGGGACGCACUGGCUGGAGUACAUAAGGACACUUCUUGCUGGGGCAGUCCGAAUUGCUGAUAAAAUAGAAUCUGGGAGAACCUCAGUGGUCGUGCACUGCAGUGACGGUUGGGACCGAACAGCCCAGCUCACAUCUCUGGCCAUGCUGAUGCUGGACAGCCAUUAUCGGACCAUUAAAGGAUUCGAAGCCCUCAUAGAAAAGGAGUGGCUAAGCUUCGGACAUAGGUUUGCGCUGCGAGUGGGCCAUGGUGAUGACAACCACGCUGAUGCGGACAGAUCCCCUAUUUUUCUUCAGUUUAUUGAUUGCGUUUGGCAGAUGACAAGACAGUUCCCUUCAGCGUUCGAGUUCAGUGAGCUCUUCUUGAUCACAAUCUUGGAUCACCUUUAUAGUUGUCUCUUUGGGACUUUUUUGUGCAACUGUGAACAACAGCGAUUCAAAGAGGAUAUAUAUACAAAGACUAUCUCUUUAUGGUCUUAUAUCAAUAGCCAGCUAGAUGAAUUUUCUAAUCCCUUCUUUGUGAACUAUGAAAACCACGUGUUAUAUCCUGUUGCAAGUCUGAGUCAUUUGGAAUUAUGGGUAAACUAUUAUGUACGAUGGAAUCCACGAAUGAGGCCUCAGAUGCCAAUUCACCAGAACCUCAAGGAACUGCUGGCCAUCCGGACGGAGCUGCAGAAGAGGGUGGAGGACCUGCAGCGGGAGGUGGCCGCGCGCUCCAUCUCGUCCUCGUCCGAGCGCGGCUCCUCACCUCCCCACUCGGCCACGCCGGUGCACACUUCCGUCUGA